GUGCCAUUUUGUUAUAGACGUUCCCUCAUCAAGACUAGCGUGCCACGGAAUCUGCAAGGAACAAGGCAUGACUCCAGUAGAAAAAACGUCACCGGAGGCGGCAGGAUUCAAGCCCUCGAUACCCUCCCAGAGCCUCACUGCCCUAGUGGUUGGUUGCAGACAGACACACAUCCGAGAGGUGACAACCACAAAAACGCCAAAGUUUCAUGGUGAAACGAAACAGCGCGAAGCAAUAUGAUGGGAGCUUCUCGAGGGCCAAACACACCAGGAACCAGUUGGCUGCUCUGGUCUCUGUAUCGUGCUCCUCCGUUGUCCCGAGUUCUGUCCAACUAUCUCUCUAGGGCAUCACCACCGUCGGGUCAGUGUGACUCCUCCGUACUAUGAAGGCGGACAGUGUAU